UGAGUCUAUGAUUCCAUGGGUCUUUACGGCGCCCUAUGGGUCCCUCCGAGUCUCGCUUUUUGCGCAUGCGCACAUCCGAAGGACCCGCGCACGCGCCCCUCCCCCUUGAGUGAAGGCAGCGCCGUGCGGAGCGUGCGCGGCGCAUGCGCAGAGAGCGGCGCGGCCGGCCGCGAGGGGAGCCGGGCUGCCAUGAGCGCGGCGGAGCCGCAGGGCGCCGGGCUGCGCUUCGCCGAGCGGGAGCUGAGGCGGCACGGAUGGACGCAGGGCCGCGGGCUGGGGAAGCGGGAGGACGGCAUCGCGCGGCCCAUCCGCCCGAGCAUCAAGUGCGGCACCGCGGGGGUGGGGCACGACGCUGCCGAGCAGUUCUCCUUCCACUGGUGGGAUCACGUCUUCAACGAGGCGGCGGCCAACAUCGCCGUGCGGGACGGGCAGGACGGGGUCUGCGUGGAGGCACGUUCAGAGCAGCGCUGUGGGCUCAGCACUAAGAAGCCCCACAAGGUCCCCCCCCCGGGCAGCACGCUGUAUGGCCACUUCAUUAAGGCAGCCACGCUCACGGCCCAUGGGGAGGAGCCCACCAAGCAGCCGGGGGGCUCCGAGAGCAGCGAGGAGGAAGAGGAGGACAAACCGGACCGCUCUUCGGCCCAGAGGCUGACGGAUGAGGAGCUGGUGCGGGUGUGCGGGGGCCGCACGGCACACAAAGCUGCGCGGCACGGGCUGACCAUGAGCGCCAAGCUGGCGCGGCUGGAGCAGCAGGAGCGCGCCUUCCUGGCUGCCAGGCAGCGCGGAGGGGGGGGGCAGCCCACGGACCCCCAGAGCGGCCCCCCGGCAGAGCUGAGGGACAGCAGGAAGAAGAAGAAGAGAAGGGAACCGUUGGCGGAUGGAACUGAUGUGGAGGAGCUGCGGAGCCAGGAGGCGAACGGAGGAGAGGAGGAGAGAGAGGAGAGGAGAAAGAAGAAGAAAAAGAGGAGGAAGGAGAAGGGGGAGGAGGUGGUUGAGAUGGAGGGACCUGCAGAGGACGCCGGUGGGCCAGGGGAGGCUGAGCACCACCCUGGGGUGGGGAGGAAGAAGAAGAAGAAGAAGAGGCGGAGGGAGGCAGAAUGAAUGCAGCCACCUGGCGGGGGGGGGGGGGGGGGUCCAGAACCCCCUGUGGUGCAUUGGGUGCUCAGAGGGGCCUGGGGAGC